AAAUUGAAAGAAAAAAGAGGAAAGGAAAACUUGUCAAGUUGUCUGUUUCUUCAAAUCAAAAGAAUCUGAUCCGUGAAAAUAUUUUGUGCCUUUCUCUGUCUAUAAACAAAAAAUGAACCAUCUUUUAAAUACGUUUGCAAUAAAAAUUAUAUCACCUUCUCAUAACCUUUGAAACCUGUGCUUGCAGAAGGGUAGCAUAAUAGGGUAUCUACUUACUAAAAAUAAAUAUUGUUCUCCCGGUUGCGCAAUAUGGCGAACUCUCCUCAGCUGCUGUGAAAAUUUCAAUGUUGUAGGUACUUAGUUUUGUGAUUGUGACAUGCUCUAAUAAUCAUAGGACUUCUAAUCGUUUAGUGUACGUACAGUUAUUUUAAUUUAAAGUGUGAUGGGACAGUUGGUGUUUUUGUGCAGUUAAAGAAACGGUGCAUUAGACACUAGUGUUAAUUUUUUGUUUUGGAAACCUAAAAGGAAAUCCAUCAAGCUGGAGCGCCUACCAGAGUACCUGCGCGACACUGUCGACUGGUUUAUGGGGUGAGUGUACGGCGCUAACAUCAUCUCGCGAAUGUUGUCCUCUAUGCCAUGUUGGACUGCCUGUGGAAGGCGCGGCGCAAGGAUCGCGAGGGCGAGCCAGCCGGCGACCCCAAGCUGUACCUGCAGGAGGCGCUGCUGGAGCGGAAGCUGCCGGAGCUGGAUAUGCGUCAGCUCGUCGACCUACCGCACGGACUAGAUUACAACGAAUGGCUCGCCUCUCACACUUUGGCGUUGUUCGAUCACGUGAACCUGCUGUACGGCACGGUGUCGGAGUUCUGCACGGCCGCGUCGUGUCCGGACAUGGCGGGCCCGGGCGGCCGCAGCUACGCUUGGUACGACGAGCGCGGCAAGAAGUCCCGCGUCGCCGCGCCGCAGUACGUCGACUACGUCAUGACCUAUACACAGAAGACGGUCAAUGACGAAACCAUUUUUCCUACUAAAUACGCGAACGAGUUCCCGUCAGCGUUCGAGAGCGUGGUCCGGCGCGUGGUGCGGCUGCUGUUCCACGUGGUGGCGCACCUGUACGCCGCGCACUUCCGCGAGCUGGCGCUGCUGCGGCUGCACGCGCACCUGCACCUCACCUUCGCGCACCUCACCGCGCUCGACCGCCGCUUCGCGCUGCUCGACCACAAGGAGACAGAGGUGCUGCGUGACCUGGAGCUGGCGCUGCGGCUGUGGGACGCCGGGGACGGGCCCGGGGGCCCGGGCGGGACCGCAGGGCCCGCGGAGGACGAGCGGCGCCGGUCCCCAGUCGUGACGCAGCCGCUCGCCACCGCGUAACUCCUCGACGUUGUUAAUUCUAUUGUAAAUAUUUCGAUCUGUUAAGUAGUUCUAGGUGAUUACGUUUAGUUUACCUUAUAAUUUGUGAUCGCUUUGGUUGUAAAUAAAAGUGAUAUUUGUUUAAACUAAUAAACUGAAAGCUUUAUGA